AUGGCGCAGCCGGUUGGAAUGCCCAUGAUCGGCCUCGGCUGCUGGAAAGCCGAGAAGGGAGUGACCGAAGAAGUUGUAUACAAUGCGAUAAAGGUUGGCUAUCGACAUAUCGACAGCGCUGCUGACUACGGGAACGAGCAAGAGGUAGGUGCUGGAAUUCGCCGGGCCAUCCAGGAAGGCAUAUGCAACCGCUCUGACCUUUGGAUCACCUCGAAACUGUGGAAUACUUACCACAGAAGGGAGAAUGUUCCCUUGGCGUGCCAGAGGACGCUCGAUGAUCUAGGAUUGGACUACUUGGACCUCUACCUUAUCCACUUCCCAAUCUCCCUAGCAUUCGUGCCGUUCGAUAGAUGCUACCCGCCAGAGUGGACGGACAAGCCCGGGAAUGCCGGCCACAUGAUCUUGGAUCCUGUGCCCUAUCGCGAAACCUGGGAAGCUAUGCAGGCCCUGCAGGCUCUUUGUCUGCUACAGUUGCAGAGGGCCCCACAGUUGAUUGGUGGCUACUAUGCUCGUAGUCGUAGACUUUGUGCAGAGCUGGCAGAUGUGUGCAGUAAAUAG